AAACUGGUGUGGGUGUUACAGGAAGCGUGGGUACGUGAGCUUCGAGGUCGUCUCUCUGGCUUCCUGGGACGCCGGACCACCACCACCACCACCUCCCGUCCAGCCAUCUUCUCCUACCUUCACCAUCAUCGUCACCAUUCAUCCAGUGUAGGGGCUGCGCUGGUGGCGCAGGAGUCAGCAGCGUCAGCAGUGAGAUCGCAGAGAGUGCUCCGGCGGCGUCUGCAGCGCCUUCAGGAAGAUGCGGGUCCAGCGACCAUCCUACUGGAGUCGAUGCAGCAGUGUCGUCGGCGUCCGGGUGUUUCGGCUCCCGUACCCGCCCUAGAUUUCCAGUCCGUUCGUGCUGACCUAGCUGCCGCUCCUGAGACACACGUAUUGCUGCUCCUACAGGCGCUCAGACAUCGUGUGACGCGUGUGACGGCUGGUAGUGUACGUCAGGCGGUGGUGACGGCGUAUGUCCGGGGUGACGUACUGGGUCUGCGUGGAUCGAGUCGUUCCUGGGGUCGUUUGGCCGGCGCCUUAAUGAACCCAGAGUCACAGCUCCUGGCCCAGUCUGCUGCUAGACUCAUCAACGCCCUCACUGCCUUCAAUGCUGGCCGGAGCUACCUAGCCAGCGAGGAAGUGUGUGAGGUGCUACUGCAGGCGCUACAUGUGGGUCACCUGGACGCCACCACCACAGACAUGGCUCUGGCAGCUCUACAGAAACUUUCUAUAAGGGGUGUGGUGCAGGGGGCGCUGAUCGAGGGUGGUUUCUGUGGAAUGGUAGUGAAUACCCUGGCAGAGGUGCGCACCCUCACACCCUACACUCAGGAGUAUGCAUCAGCACUCUUCAUGAACCUAACACUGCGCUCCGCUGGUCGUGCUCGCUGCCACCCACUAGCCAAACUUCUCCCGGCGCUCAUCCAACUUCUCACCUCCGUCCAAACUCACGUGGUGCCAUAUGUGACGGGUGCCCUGUACAGCCUACUGUCACACUCCAGCCUACGCCAGGAGGCCUUCACCAUGGGUCUGGACUCAACACUCGAGCGACUGGCACAGGGCGGCAGCACUGAGCAGCGACGUCAACUAGAGUAUAUAGUGGAGCAGAUUCGUCGUGAUCCACCACUCUCCCCGCCUCCCUCACCAGACCCAGUGCUUGAUAUGGAGGAGGACCCUGAGUGGCUGGAGGAGGAGCUGGAUGUUGAUGACCCCGUUCGAGCCCCGCCUCACGCUCCAUCUGGCGAGGAUCUGCUAGCUUGGCGGUACACACUACACCCGGGUGAGACUGAGGAGUCUGGAAGACGCAGUGACAUCCCUCCUGCCAGGUCGGCGCCUGUGAUCCCUGGGAUCCUGGACGGGAGAUGGGAAGAGGCAAAGACGGUGAUGAUGGAGGUGAGGGGAGGUGCUGAGAAUUACCGGGAGGUAUGGGGAGAGAGUCAGGAAGUGGAGUUGUCACUCCCACUCCAUGGAGCCGCCACCACACCACCACGUCCUCAUUCACCUCACGACUUUGUUCCACCUGACCAACACAACCUGGCAAGAGGAGAGAACUCUGAAGGACGCGAGUCUCCCACACUGUUAUCACCCAGUGCCACCUGCCCUGCUGAAGCUCUCGUCCCAUACUUCACUAGACAACCUCACCACCACGAUCCUCAUCACUACCUCAAAAACUCGUCAGGGACAUCCAACAUGAGUCCAGCACUCGUCAACGAGAAUGGUGACGAAGACAUGACCAUCGUGUCAUCCAGGUCGACCUCUGACCCGCCUGCAGAAGAACAACAACAACCACACUCGCUCGGCAACACCACCUUCAGAAUAGGCAGCAAUGUGCACGACAAAAUAAUAGAAGAAGAGGAGAAAGUUCUGAAUGCAGCGAGGGUCACACACAGUCCUCCAGCAAGGGUCACACAGAGUCCUCCAGCGAGAGUGGCACACAGUCCUCCAGCGAGGGACAUCGAUGUGGGAAAGGAUUUUCAGUUCAGCAACAUAGUAACCGCUGCUUCUGACGAUGGUCCAACGAUGGAUUUAUCCGGAGAGUCUGUGGAUCCCGAGAAUGAAACUACGGAAGCUGAACGGAAAGUGGCGGUGGAGGAACCACAAGAAAGUCCCGUGGAAAAGGAAGAUGGAAAAAAAAGCCACCAAGAUGUAAAGAGAAUCCUGCUGCCUGCAGCAGCUUCUCCACCUCCGCCACCCAAACCAGGCACCAGAGACACAGUGGUUGCUGCUGCUGCAAGUGACGGAGGCACUCAGCACGCUGUCUGCUUGAUGCCACCUUCGGAAGCACCUAUGGAGCCACCUGACAGAGCUUCUGAGGUAGCUCCUAAGGGAGUAUCACCAGACGCAUCUAAGGGGACUCGGUCAGGGGUGCCUAAAAACAUACAAGGUGCUGCUGCUGAAACACGUAAACUGGCAUCAAAGAACGCCCCAAAAGGAGUACAUACGGUGUCACCAGGGACACCCCAGGGUGCACCUCAGGGGUCAACAGGUGCGUCACAAGGGGCUAGAGACAUGCCUGGCCGAGCCUCCGAAGCAAAAGUUCUUGCUCGAAGGACAAGCGUGACCCCGCCUCGGUUAGCUGCCCCCGACCCUCCUAAAGGGUAUGACUUGAUAGCAACACGAAUCAUGCAGCAGAUAGUGGGGGAGAACAGGGACAUCCCAGCGCCUUCCACCGUCCCUGAGGCUGAUCCUCUACUGCGCUCACUCCCGCCCCCGAAGUAA